AUAACAUCGCUCUCUCCUAAUUGCACCCCUGCGGUGUAAGCGUUAUUAUUUAAUUGAUUGACCACUGUUUGCUUAGCAUAUAAAUUGCGCCUGUCAUCUCAAUAUUUACGCGUAUUCAUGCACUGACCUUAUGUAAACCCACGGCACAGAACAGCUCGGUCAUAACCUCGUACGAAUCUCGACAACGCACAAGCUCUUUAUAGUAUCGUAUAAACCAUGAUGAUUUCAAGGAUAACUUUGAGGCUGACCACGUUUCUCUUCACCAUAGUAUUAAUAAUCAUCGAUGCGAGAUCGUUACCGGGAAAGCUACAAAAGAAAAAGUCGAAAAGUUUUGUCGUAGUGGAUAGAUUCGCGUUGGAAAAUGUUCCACCAAAAGACGCUUGGGAGGUGAACCAGGGUACGUGUUAAAAUAUUAAAAUAUCUUGUGUGUGUUGAGGUCAAGAAUAGUUAGCGUUGAAGAAUAUUGACCGAUACUAGCUUCCAGACGGAAGGCCCUGAAGCUCGAAAUAUCCAUGAAGUAUUUUCGACAUUUUUUCGGGUAGAUGCAAGCUUGAACCAUCCUAAAAAUUGGAUACUCUUCUUAAAAAUGCCGUCAAAAAGUUGUUGUGAAAAUAUCAAGGUCAUUAUUGGAAAAGCCGUUGCUAACGUCUUGUCUUCUAUAUUCAUUCAUUUAUUAAACAGUGGACCAGUAUAUAUAGAUAGUAUUCUACAAUAAGCUGUUGUGGUUUGUGUCCGACUGACUACCUGAAAAAGAUAUCUCAAACGUGGCGGUCCAGUGUAUAGGUAGUAUUCUUCAAUAAGCUGUCGUUGUUUGUGUCUGAACUACCUGAAAAAGAUACCUGAAACGUGGCGAUCUAUAGUGUAGGUAGUAUUCUUCAAUAGGGUGUCGUGGUUUGUAUCUGAACUACUUGAAGAAGAUAUUUCAAACGUAGCGAUCCAGUGUAGGCAGUAUUCCACAUUUUUUUUGUGUUUGAACUUGCUGAAGUCUUUUCCUGAAGGGUGAGGUCUAGUGUAGGUAGUAUUCUACAAUAAUCUGCCGUGGUUUGUCUACCUGAAAAAAUUCAGAAAGUUUCAAGUAAAGGUCUUUUAUAAGGAAGUCAGUGUAAGACUUUCCUAUUAAUACGGCUUCGCUCCACAAAACGCCCAAGUGCAAAUUUUGUUCAGGUAGUUGAGAAACAAAUCACGGCAGAACAUUUUCGAUACCACGCCACUUUGGAUCCGGCGUAUUUAAUCUUUCAAUUACAAUUCUAACUCUCAUUGAACGAAAGAUUCUCUGCUAUUCUAUAUAACCAAUUUCCUAUGAGAUGUUUCAAUAUGAAGUUAUUUCAAACGUGGGGGUCCGGUUACAGUGUCGAUAUAUAGCAUUGUACAAUAUCUGAAGUGGCAGUUUCCAAUUUAGGCUUCAAGAAGCAAUAUUUAGGUUGAAGCAUAUACAAUGAAAAAUACGCCCUUUGUCUGAGAGAAUUAGUAGCACAGAGCUACCUAUAAAGGUUACCUGAAAUAGUCUCAUCGUUUUGUUCAGACGACAAAGUAUUCAAUAAGCUUUUUCAGGUAGUUCCAAACUAAACCACGGCAGCUUAUCGUAUAAGGCUAAUCUCGGGAAGGACGCGAGUAAAAUACAUGAUUUGCAUUUCUGACAAGGAAAGGUCAAUAGAGCGAACGUCCUUUUUAAUAACAGGACGCCAUUUAUAGAAACGCAGCCAAAAAUUUGGCAAAUGAAGCAUGCGAGUACAGGAAAUAGCCGAUUUUUGGCACGGUAUACCUCAUUGCGUUCGCGAAACCACACAGCGCUGGACACGAAUUGUCACCUUUCAAGGGCCUUAUUCUGCCACAGAUAACUUAAAGUCACGUUUUGUACAGUUCAAUUUCAAUUUCAAAACAACACUGGGAGGAACAGUUUAGAGCUGAUAGAGCUAUCCUGAUUAUGACUGAAAGUCAUCGCAAUGACGUGGCUAGCGAUGAACGAUCGACUCAUGGGGUAGAACUAUGAUUGUGGGAUGAAAAUUCGAACGAAAUACCUCGUCUCGCAAAGACGCAAAGUUACUACGAAACGUUUUUCAAUAUAACACUGUAUCUCUACGUUCUAGGGUUGAAUUCGACGUUUUUCGAAGGCGAUAUUGUACUCACGGCUGAUAUGCUAAAAUUGCUCAACGCCACAUCAAGCACGCGACGAAGAAGGGCUAUAAAGAAAGAUCCCAAUGCGAGAUGGAAAAAUGGCGUUGUCCCAUUCGUUAUUGACAAACGAUUGAGUAAGUUUUGAAAAGGUUUCUUUUACUUUAAUUUGUAAACUAUCUUAGGCUAAUGGAAUCGAAUGCAAAUGACGUGUAUUUCAAGAACGCUGUAGGCCAACCGUUUGACGUUUAAGCAAUUGAGAUUCUACCACUACAAGGACAAGUAUUUCAAGACCGCUACCAAAUUGGCUUUACAUUCAAGCAUUUGUGAAAAUCUAUUACAAAUGACGUACAUUUUAAGAGGUUCUUUAGUGCUUACUAGCCAUACAGGUGGAGCAUUAGAUUAUCGCGUUCCCAAAAGUAAAGGGUUCCAAAUUAAGGAUAAGACAAUUAACUCCCUUUCAUGACAGAAAAGGAUCGAAAACAACUAACAGAUUAUAAUCGAGUGUUACACUUGAAAUGGUUGUUUAAUAAAAUACGCGUCCUUUCGGUGGUUCUCAGUGUAUAGGUGGUUGUCUUGAAACUAUGAGUCCUUUGUGGUAGAUUUUCGCUAGCCUAAAUUUCUUCCCAUGCUUACAAAACCUCUUUAAAUACUAGAUUUUAUAUCCUAGAUACUAGGUGUGUCUAGAUAUCUUGAAAGAUAUUCUGGCUCUAAAUGGCAAUCCUGGCUUCCUUCGGUAUCAAAAUCUAGUAUUUUAAACCAUUCUAGACAGGCUAGCUAUCGGAGACAAUAAAUACGUUUUAGAUAACACCACGCUGUCGGAAUUGAGUUCAAAGUUGCAAAAAGUUACUUUUAAUAUAACAUCACUCUGGGCUCGAAAUUGGGUUGAAAAUUGCUUCGUCUAUAAGCUGGCUUAAGCUUCGUUUGAUUAUAUGCUGUCAAUAUCACGGAGUUAAUGCUAUCACCGAGCUUUAUCCGAUCAAUUAGGAUUCGCCCUGGCACGCACAAUAAGCACGUAUCUGUCGUGCGAUAUUAAUCCCAAAAUGUGAUCCAAAAACACAUAAAGGUAUGUGCAGGAUUAAACAAUCUUCUUUGUAUUAAACUUUUGUAAUCAAAUAAAACAUCUCUUGGGAGGCAGGGUUAGCACUCAGCUGGACUAAUUUAGAGCAAUAAAAAACAAAUCAACAUGCUGUGUGUUUGGAAAUCUUAUAUAUACGUGAUUGCGAAACUUCUCAAAUAAUUGUUUCCUAAAUCCACACGAAUCUAUAUGCAAUAAUUCAAUACAACAAGUUUUCAUUGGAAAUUGUCAAACAUAUUAAAUAUACUGGUUAACUUACUGCCUUGAUGUGAAUACAUUUGUACAAGAUUUUGAAAUCUAGCCUUUUGGUAUGAGGUUUUUGCAAACAGCCCUUCCCAUGCAUGAGAAACACAACACGGUGUGAACUCUUCCAUUUAAGUACGAAAUUAAUUCACACUUGCAAAGUCCAAAUUUAGUUUUUUCCCCAAGUAUUUUACUGACGUAUAGCCUACGUGUUUUCAAUACGAGCAGUUUCAAAAUUGUGCACAUAGUAUAGUGAUAUAGUAGAAAGUUUUGAGGUCUAAAGGCUGGUGUUUACACUGUCAGUGUUUCCGUGAUCACAGUAGGAAUUUUAUGUAGGUAAAGUUUUGAAGGAUUUGUGAGAAAUGUUUGAGGCCGAGGGAACUGAUUCAGUGUUAAACAGCGAGUCAGUUUCCUCAAACAUUUCUUACAAAUCCUUCAAAACUUAGAAUUUACCUAUGCAAAAUUCUUACUGUGAUCACAGAAACUUUGAUAGUGUGAACCAAACAUUGACGUGUGUUGAAAAUUUCAAAACCACAAUUGACGUGUAUUGCAAGACCACUAUACCUCCACUGAGAACCAACAGUUUGACGCUUAGGCUAGUGAGAAUCUAUCACAAAGGACGUAUUAUUUCAAGACCAAUCACCUAUACAUUUAGGACGUGUAUUUCAAGACCACUACCUACACCGUGAACCAACAGUUCGAAGUUUAGACUAGCGAGAAUCUACCGCAAAGGACGUGCAUUUCAAGACCAAUAACGGCCUACACCGAGAACCAACACUUUGAAGUUUAGACUAGCGAGAAUCUACCGCAAAGGACGUGUAUUUCAAGACCAUUACCUACAGCGAGAACCAACAGUUCGAAGUUUAGACCAGCGAGACUAUCUACCGCAAAGGACGUGUAUUUCAAGACCAUUACGAACUGUUCGAAGUUUAGGCUAGUGAGAAUGCAGAUUUUUCAAUAAUUUCAAACACCAUUCAUUACUGCUUAUCAAAUAGGGAUGUCAUAUCGAACCAAUUCAAUAGCAAUAAAGUUGCGGUCCGGCCGCAAAUGUCGCUCAUUUAUAAACCCUCAUUUGUAAUUAAACUUCAUUAUGUUCAAUUAUCCUGAGCGCUUUGAAUGCGCAGCGCUCUAAACAAUGAUUUAAAGGUUCGUCCCGCCUCGACGUAAUUUGUUGCGCAAAUUGUUUAAAGUGUCGGUACCGGGUGGGAAGUCGACAGAUCCUAGGUGCGGGCUGUUUUCCCUAUAGUUUUCCUAGCGGGAUAUCCCGUGUGCAAUCCAAGUGUAUAGGUGUGAACGCUUUUAUAUAAACUGUGAAACAACACCUUUGGAAAGUUGUGAAACUUAUGAAAGGCGGUGUUUUAAUCUGGCUCAAAUUGAAUAACUUUCUAUGAAAGGUUUAGGUCCCCUGGCCUCGUAUAUAGGCCGUGAAUACGAGGCCUGUUUGCCUAAAGGUCCAUUCCAACUCACAGAAAAUUUUCCACGCACAGAAAAGUUUCCGAAAAUAUCAUUGUUAAAAGUUGAAAAUUUUUAACUUCAAAAUUUUUUCCGACGGAAAAUUUGUAUUGGCCAAUCACAUUUUACAAAAUUGACUUUCUGCGGAAAAUUUUCCUGAAUGAAAAUGUUUCACGCUUCAGAACUGAUAAUAUAUAGUUUUGGUUAAGCCAAUGACAGUGCCAUUUAUAGGUUCCUUUAGGAAAAAGGAAGAAAUGAUGUUGGCUCAAUUCCUAAACUUGAUUUCAAAACUUUUUUCCCUCGGUAGAGCACUCUGCCAAACUGAAAAUCCGUAGAGCAAUUCGUCGUUGGAGAAAGCACACUUGCAUAAAAUUUCACAAAAAGCUAUCGAACGAUGUCGACUGGCUACGAUUUGUCGCCGAAGAUGGGUAAGUUUAAAGCAGUUAAGACGAUAUAUAUAUGCCUAACAUUAUAUAGUAAGGGUCGAUUCCAACUCGUGUAAUGUUGUAUACAGUGAAGUAGGGAUACGUAUAUUGCGAAGGACGCAGCUUAAAUCUGACCACACUAACCCUCUGGCGCGGCCAGGAUUCUAUUCGGG